GCAGCUCUGCGUCUUCCAAAGCGCGCGACUUUUCCGAAGUCUUUCAAAGCGCGCGCAUUUUUCGAAGCGUGAUCUAAACAAUGGUUGCUAUAGUUUUUUCGUCGUGUACGUCGAUUCUAAAUUCCAAGCCUAAUCCUUAUAGGGAAAAGACUGUCGAAAAAUGUCGCAAAACAACCGGAGGUCAAGUGGAUCCAAGUUCACCGGAUGCCCGAAAGACUCAAAGAUCCGGCAGUUGGAAUCGGCUCUGGAUUAUGCCCACCGUGCUAUUCGAAGCUUGAACAAAGAUCUCAGAAAACUUGGGAUCGAGAAUGAUGUCCUCAGAUCAGGUCUACAGGACGAAAAUCGGGCCCUAACGGAAGAGCAAAGAAAUGCAGAACUCCUUCUCAAAAAGCAGGAUGAAGGCAGGAAGAAGGCCAAGCUGCAAGAGCUGAAGUUGCAGAAAGUAUUCAUACAGCAUCUACUGAAUGCCGUGUUAGAAAAGGUAGGGCCAACAGACGGACAGACAGUAGGGCAGACAGACAGUUUAAGAUGCCUUACUCACAACCUUCUCGUGUUUCAGGUCUUGGCUACAUCAGCCCCAGCACUUGCCGAAAGAAAGGAGAAAGACCUCGGGUCAUCCUGUGGCAAGCUGCAGGAAGAAAGGGAGGCAUUUGUUUCACAAAUUGCAGAGCAAACGAAGAGCAAUGCCGCAAAAGAUGCCCUACUCGCGGAGCUUAAGAGGCAAAUUGGGCAGACAAAGACUCGUCCACACUGCACCGCCGAGAGCCAGACUUGCUCUCCAUCUGCAAAAAGCAUAUGGAGCGAAUGCACUACUGAAUGCGCCGAGGCUGAUGUCCAGGCCACUAGUGAAGUGACAGUGGUGUCAGUUGAGACACAAACGGAUGCAGUGCCAAAGAGGCACCAAAACCGUGCAGUGCGUGCCUGGCAGAGUUUCUGUGGCCAGGUACGUAACCUGCACAACCGCCUCAUCCAUGGAACAGAGGCAUUCUAAACCCUACUGGAAAUAUAGUAGCCUCCAUAGGAUGUACUGUUCUUCAGGGUGCUAGCUUAUUAUCUGAUUUAUAAAUUUGAACAGCUGUUAUCUGUAAUGUUUUAUACUGCAAAUUCUAUAUUUUUUAGAUUUGAUACAGAAAUUCAUAAAUGAACUGUAAAUAGUCGCUGAAUCCCUAAGGCGAAGGUUAAGUCAGGCCAUUCCUACUGAGGGCAUCUAGCACAAGAGAGACAUCCUGCUAGUACCCCGGUGAGGGGUAGGGGGCGGGAAGGCAUAUUCCGCGUAACCAUGUGUUUACAUGUGGGCCCCAACAUACAGGGUAUUAGCAGGAGCAAAAAUAUGCGCUAGAUGCUCUCGCUCAACCGCAAAAUAGAACACCAAAGCAACUAAAGGCUGUGCCUCGUGUCAUUUCAUGUAAAUAUUUCUAAGUAUGUAAAAAUAACUUGACGAAAGUUGUAUCCCCAAAUAUAUGUAGAAAAAAUAAAACACCAAAGCGACUGAA